AUGUGGGACCAGGAGGCAAGAAAAAGAUAUACUGAGUACGCCAACAAAGGAACAGAGACGAUCCACCAUGCGAGGGGUAUGAUCGUAGGAUGUGCUGGUGCUGGGAAGACCACGCUAUUGAAACGUCUGCUCAGGUGUAGUGAGGCAGAAAUACGGAAUGUGGAGUCAACAGUAGGGCUGGAGGUUCACGAGGAAGUUUUCGAAAUAUGUAAUGGGGUACUGAAAGUGAUAAAUAAAAAUGACAACAUUGAUGGUGUUAAUGUUGAUGGAAGAGAAAGCCCUGAAACGUCUGCGGUAAAUAAUUAUCCAAGAAGAAUAACUUUCUUUGAUUUUGGUGGUCAAUGUGCAUAUUAUGCCUGUCAUCAAAUUUACCUGACAAGGAGAGCAUUUUACAUUUUGGUCAUAGACGCCUCCAAACCAUUAGACAAGGUAGUGGAUAAGGAAGUUUGCGAUCAGGAUGGUACUUUGUUUUCGUCUUGGACGUAUGCAGAAAUUGAGAGGAAACCUGAUAUACUUCUUGUUGCUACACACUGGGAAGAAAAUGAAUAUGAGAACGACACAUAUUCUUUCCUGCAAAGAGUUGGAAGUAAUCUUCCGAACAUGAUGUCUCUUCAGGAUUGUAUACCUAGAGAUAACUGUUUCUCUACUCAAUUUCCUCUUUCGCCGUUAGAAGAUUUGGAGAAACAUAUCAUUUCUUGUGCUGUUGAUUCCCGAUGGAGUGAAAAGGUACCGAAAGAAUGGCUUUGUCUUGAGGUUGAAAUACUGACUUUCAGGCAAUCAAAACGCAUUCUUGAAUUCCAGUAUAUCGUAAGCAAGAUGCCAGGAGAAGUGAAACAAUCUGCAAAGGACAUGCUUCGAUUUUAUCAUGAUGCCGGGAAAGUUUUAUACUUUAAUGAGCAAGAUCUUCAUGACGUUGUCAUCAUUGAUGUACAAUGGUUUGUUGAUGCCUUUAAGAACAUCAUAACUGACAGUUUGCACACUUGUGGGAUAAGCAAAAGUAACGAAGAUUGGAAACUAUACUAUGAAACCGGACAUCUAAAAGAUACUUUGUUGACAGAAUUCUGGAGAAUUAAAGAUAAUGAACUGUUGCAAUCUCUUGAGAAUAAGCAAAAACGAACAGAGGAUUUAGAGAAAGAUCCUCGCUGCAUCAUGUUUCAUAAAAUGAAUGUUUUGACUGUGAUGCAAAGACUUGGAUUGGUGGCUCUUGGAAAGACAUCACAUUAUGUCCCUUGUAUGAAUAGAAAACCGUUGCCUCUCAAAGUUAAAGAUAUGGUUUAUAAUGCACCAAAGAAAACACCAGUUGUGUCAUUUCAUUGUUGUCUCAGUCACUGGAAACUCGAUAAUGGUACAAGUAUAUCACACCCUGAAAGAAUUGGAUCCUUUAAAAACUCUUGA